CGAUAACUUUGUUGUUAUUUAAUUAUUUUUAGUUUUCAUAUUAACUUGUUCGCUAUGCUAUUGAGAAAACUAUUAAGCAUCCGAUUUGCACCCACUGUGCGCCGCUGGGCCAGCACUGAUCCUCUUAGCUUGCAGAACAAAAAACUGCAAGCGUACCUGGAAUCCCUUCGGCAAGAAUACUACGUCCUUCGGGUGAAUGCAGCUGGAAACAGCAAGUUGUACGAACGCCUGGGUCAGUUGGAGGGAGUGGUUACCGCAUUGGAGCAGCGGCGAGUCCUGGAGCGUAAUAUCACAAGUGCACGAGACUUGGAGCUGGAGAAGGAUGAGGAAAUGCGCGAACUGAUGCAGGAGGAGAACAAAGUCUAUGCGGACCUGUUGGCCAAACAAGAACAUACGCUGUUGCGAGAACUCCUCACACUGACCGACGACGAGGCUUAUCCGGCGCUCAUAUUCGGUCUGAAUGCCGGAGCAGGUGGACAAGAGGCUAUGCUGUUUGCCCAAGAGCUGUACGAGAUGUACACCGGCUACUUUGAUCACAUGGGCUGGGAGUAUGAGGAGUUCGCUCGCGAGACCACGGACAUUGGCGGACUGCGUCACGCCAGCUUGAUGGUCAGCGGAGACGAUGUCUUUAGCUGGCUGCGCUACGAGGCGGGUGUCCAUCGGGUACAGCGAGUUCCUGCCACUGAGAAAAACGGACGCAUGCACACAAGCACCGCCUCGAUCACAGUGAUUCCUCGGCCCGCCGAUGUCCAGGUGCACAUUGCGGAGAAGGAUUUAAAGAUCGAAACAAAGCGGGCUAGUGGAGCUGGUGGCCAGCAUGUAAAUACCACGGACUCGGCGGUACGGAUUGUCCACCUGCCCAGCGGCUUGGCCGUUGAAGCUCAGUCGGAGCGUUCACAGCUAAAGAACCGGGAACUGGCUAUGAAACGUCUGCGGGCACGUCUUGUGCAACAGCAGCUGGAGAGCGUGGAGGCUAGCAAGUUGGCCACAAAGAAGUCCCAGCAAGGCAGCCUCAACCGCAACGAAAAGAUUCGUACCUUCAAUUUCGUCCAGGACCGCAUCACCGAUCACAGGAUUCAAGGCGGCACACUGCACAACCUCGAAGGUUUCCUCAAAGGCGGAGAGCAACUGAGCGGACUUAUAGAGAAGCUACAGCUGGAGCACCGUAAGGACCGACUGAAAGAUCUGCUGGAGGCAUGGCAGCCACCCCAGGAAGCUAGCAAUCAAAGCUAGACAGCAUGUUAGAUGUAUUUUGUUGCAACAUUUUUACGCCUGCGAUUAAAAAAGAAAUAUAUAUUAGAAAUAUUCAACUUAUAGCCAAUGUACAGCCUUUAUAGGAUACAAUUACCCAGUUUUUUGUAUGUAAAUGCCACUGUUAAAUCAACAUUAAUUUAAAAUAUUUUAUAAAGAAUUUAAAUUGAUUCUAAAGUUAACGUAGUUUCUGGCUCACACCCUAAUAUUUUUAUAGUUUGCAUAAAUUAAAAUACUGAUAAAUUCUGUGUUAA